UUAUCGCUUUAUGAAACUUUUACUUGCUCAUAGAGCAAACUGGAUGAAGAAGGAUUUGGAAGAAAUCAUUCCUUUACACCUAACUACCCAACAUAAGAGUCCAAAGUGCUUAGCUUUGUUGCUAAAGUAUAUGGCACCAGGAGAAGUAGAUACACAGGACAAGAACAAGCAAACUGCUCUUCACUGGAGUGCCUAUUACAAUAAUCCAGAGCACGUGAAAAUUCUUAUCAAACAUGAUUCUAACAUUGGAAUCCCAGACAUUGAAGGCAGAAUUCCACUUCAUUGGGCAGCUAAUCAUAAGGAUCCCAGUGCAGUUCAUACUGUCAAAUGCAUUUUGGAUGCUGCACCAACUGAAUCUCUGCUAAACUGGCAAGAUUAUGAAGGACGAACUCCCCUCCAUUUUGCAGUUGCCGAUGGGAAUAUAGCUGUUGUUGAUCUGCUGACUUCCUAUGAAAGUUGCAACGUGUCUUCUUAUGAUAAUUUAUUUCGAACUCCGCUUCACUGGGCAGCAUUAUUGGGUCACGCACAGAUUGUCCAUGUUCUUUUAGAAAGAAACAAAGUUGGAACAAUCCUUUCUGAUAGUCAAGGGGCAACACCUUUACAUUAUGCAGCACAAAGCAACUUUUCUGAAACUGUGGAAGCAUUUUUUAAACAUCCUUCUGUGAGAGAUGACUCAGAUCUUGAGGGAAGAACUUCUUUUAUGUGGGCAGCUGGUAAAGGUAGUAAUGACGUCAUCCAGAUAAUGUUAAAACUGAAACUGGUCACCGAUAUCAAUGUGGCAGAUAAAUAUGGUGGCACAGCAUUACAUGCUGCUGCCCUUUCUGGCCAUGUCAGCACUGUGCAAUUGCUUCUAAAACAUUAUGCCCAGGUAGAUUCUGCUGAUGUAAUGAAACAUACUCCUCUUUUCCGAGCUUGUGAAAUGGGACAUAAGGAGGUAAUACAGAUACUCAUUAAAGGAGGAGCAAGAGUUGAUUUAGUUGAUCAAGAUGGCCACUCUCCCUUACACUGGGCAGCUCUAGGAGGAAACCCUGAUGUUUGCCACAUAUUGAUAGAAAAUAAAAUCAAUCCUAAUGUACAGGAUUAUGCAGGAAGAACUCCACUGCAGUGUGCUGCUUAUGGAGGCUAUAUUAAUUGUAUGGUGCUACUAUUGGAAAAUAAUGCAGAUCCAAAUAUCCAAGACAAAGAGGGAAGGACAGCAUUGCACUGGUUGUGUAACAAUGGCUACCUUGAUGCUAUAAAGCUGUUGUUAGGAUUCGGUGCCUUUCCCAAUCACAUGGAAAAUAAUGAAGAAAGAUAUACACCACUUGAUUUUGCCCUGCUGGGAGGUCAUCAUGAAGUAAUUCAGUUCAUGUUGGAACAUGGUGCAUUAUCUAUAGCUGCCAUUCAAGAUAUUGCAGCUGUCAAAAUUCAGGCAGUCUACAAAGGAUACAGAGUUAGAAAAGCUUUUCAAGAUAGGAAAAACCUUCUAAUGAAGCAUGAUCAGUUGAGGAAAGAUGCUGCUGCCAAGAAAAGAGAAGAAGAAAAUAAAAGAAAAGCCUCAGAACAGCAGAAAGAAAUGCAGAAUUGCAAAACUACUAAGAUCCAUAUGCAGCAACAGAAUUUUCCAGAGACGGAAAGAAAUCUUUUGGGAGUUCAUACUUCACAGUGCUUUGUUCCACCUGUUAAAAGGCAUCCAUCUGGCAACAUAUCACAAAAUCAACUAGGAAAAAGCAAGAGAAGCCCUGUAUUAUCAAGCAAAGUGACUAUCAAGAACAAAAGUCAUUCAGUAGAGCUACUUGGUGAAGAUCACAAAAGAAAAAUGGAUGUAUGUGAGGAAAACAGUAAUAGCAAGCCUGCCUAUAUCCUUUCAUAUUCCUGUAAGAAUAAUGACAAACGUAGGCAUCAAGCCGAAAGAAAGCAUCAAACUGUAUCUUCUACUUUAGGCAGGGAUAGCAAGCCUCCUACAACAGCUGAUAUGUUUAUGCACAUCAGCAAUAAAAGGCAUAAUUCAAACACUAAAUCUCCCAACUCUGGGGAAAAAUCAGACCAUCCAAACUGGUCUGUAAGGAAUAAUAUAAACCAUUCUGAAAAAAUAACAGUUUCUAUUCAGGAUGAUAGAAAUAAUAGAAGUAUCAGAAACUUGGGUCAAUGUAAUAUAGCAUUUAAAAAUAACCCACAACAAUUAAAAACAAAAAGUAAAGAAUUAAACAAUAAAAAAUGGUCCUGGGCUAACUUGAGCAGGCCUGGCAAUAUCUCAGUAAGAACAAUGAAAGUUGAAAAGGCUACUUCAAAUGCUACAGUUACACAGAUCAACAAAAUGAAAAAUAGUGACAUCUGUUUGAUGGACAAGAAUGCAAGUAUUACAAUGAUUGCACUCAACAAGAUGGCUAGAGGUGAUGCAAACCUGAACAGAGAAGUUCUAUUAACAUCCAGGAAUUCAGAAGAUCAGCCAGGUUUUGUUCAGAUGCAAGUAAUAGAAAAAGAAAGAGUAAGAAAAGAGCUCUUUCAGAGGAAGUAUAAUGCAGCAAAUGUUAUUCAAAAGGCUUGGAGAAGCUAUCAGCUAAGAGAACAAUUCCAUCAGCAUUUUAGCAUGAAGCAGCAAUGCAAAGAUGAAUGGCAACAAAAAACAGUUGUCUUGUGCAUUAAGGCCAUUUGGAACAAAAAGUUAAACUUUACUGCACUAAAAAUACUUACUUCAGGCAAAAUCCCAAAGGCCAUGAAAAAAAAUAGCUCAGGAAACAACUUGGUACAGAAGUCAACCACUCUGAAGCAGAUAUAUGGGCACUCACAAGAAGGAAAGGUGAAUCACCCAAUGAGAUUGCCUUCUUCAAAACAGCAAUUUUGUGAACUUCAGUUAAUAUCAGCAGGCGGAUUGCAAGAUAUUUGCUUAUCGGAAAAUCCAGGGAAAUAUAAACAUUUUUCGUACAAUAUGAAACCUGCCACAAUAAUGAAAGCAAAACACACCAGAUUCAGCCAUGAAAAUAAGACUACACUAUAGCAUAAGAAAGCCUAUUGAUUAUUUGUGGACAUUU